AUGAUGCAUCAUCGUCUACUUGUUGCGGCCAUUCUUUGUGUCGUGUUUGCUACCUUCCAAGUAUCCGCUUGGUCUUUUGCAUCUUGGGAUUUUCCUGAAAUUGUCAUCAAAUUGGGCGACAACUCCUAUCUUGACCGUGCCAAACGUUUCCUCAAAAAACAUCCUCUUACUGAUACGCAUAAUGAUUGGCCCCUCUAUCUCUCGUUCUAUAAAGAAGGGAAAAUCAACAACCUCGACUUGACGCAUCUCGAUGAAGGACAUACGGAUAUUACACGACUCCAUGCUGGUGGCGUUGGUGGUCAAUUUUGGAGCAUUUACUAUCCAUGUGAACUCAAGGAAGAUAACCAGAUGCUAUGGGCCAUUCAUGCCAUUGAUACUACGAAGCGGAUGAUUGCCAAGUACCCUGACGUGUUCGAGUAUGUGACAACUACCGAGGGAUUCAAACAAGCUACGCAACAAGGUCGUAUCGCAUCGAUGCUCGGCAUGGAAGGUGGCCAAUACAUCUACAACUCGGCAUCCGCAUUGCGUACGUUUUAUGAUUUAGGUGUUCGUUACAUGACUCUGACGCACAAUUGUGAUACCGAUUGGGCUAUUUCCUGCUGUGACCCCAAUCCACCUCCAUUUGAUGCAAGCUUGGGUUUGACAGAAUUUGGACAAAAGCUGGUGCUUGAAAUGAAUCGGCUUGGCAUGCUGGUGGAUAUCUCCCAUGUUGCUCAUUCGACGAUGCAUGCCGUUCUCAAUAUCACAAAGGCACCCGUAUUAUUCUCUCAUUCUUCCAGCAACGCCCUAUGUGGUAUUGAACGCAACGUUCCUGAUGCUGUGCUUGAACGUCUUGAUGAAACGGAUGGUGUUGUCCAGGUCAACUUUUAUAAUCGAUUCGUCGAAUGCGACUACCCUGAUACACCAGCAACCGUCAACACCGUCGCUGAUCACGUGGAACACAUUGCAGCUGUUGCGGGUCGUCACCGUGUUGGUCUUGGUGCCGAUUACAAUGGUAUUGAAGUAGCACCCGAUGGACUUGAAGAUGUCAGCAAAUAUCCCAACCUAUUCGCAGAAUUAUUGCGUCGUGGAUGGACCGAGCAAGAGCUCCAAGGUUUAGCCUAUGGCAAUCUUUUGCGUGUGUGGCAGAAGGUUGAAAAGGUUAGCUCUCUAUUAGCCGAGACAGAAUUACCGAUGGAGGAUCUUUAUGAACCCAUCAAGGAUGUUUAA